AUGUUAUGGAGUCGCCAGACCACAGCAGAGCCUGGAGAGAUCAGAGAGAUCAGACGGGAGUCACCUGAGACCAGAAGACGUGGGAAGCUGCCAAUCCGAGACUCACCAAGGCCAACAGCGUGGCCGACUGUCCCGGCUUUCAAUGACAUAAAUCAGAUACUCCGCUCGGAUGUAGUGCCUGAAAGUCCCCUCUUCUGCACGCCAAAUGAUACUCCAGGCGACUCCGCUAUGUCUCCGGAGUCGAUGGCCGUCGAAGAGCAUAUGAGAAUCGUGCAGCAGCUAGAAGCGAGGCGUGAUGCGGAGGAUGGCCUGUAUGAGCCGUCGCAGGCAGGCACCCCGGGCCAGUGGCUGAAUCAUCUUGCACAAGAGGAGCUGGAUCGAGAAGCAGAAAUGCUCUCUCGCGGAACCGUGCUCAACGAAAGCAGAAGGCGGAAGUUGGCGACUCGGGCUGAGUUUCCAGUUGCAGAGGCCGGAGUACCAUCGUUCAACGAGACAUCAGCGCCUGGAGCCGAAAGUACCGAUUCUGGAGACGGAUUCGCCAUGGAUCUCGAGCAGCAAUCUCCACGAUCUCCUCUGUCUGCUUCAGCGGACGGCCUGCCAACUUCCACCACAAAGCGUCGAUCUCCAGAGCCACAAGAAGAGACUCCGCUGAAACGGCGAAAGCGAAUCGAGAGAGUAGAAGGCCUUCUUCAGACAAGGCCAUAUGCCAGCUGUAAGGAGAAGGGCAAAGCCGAGCGCGACAGCUUACUUGACACGAUCCAGCAUCUUUGGCAGAUACCAUGCCAUGCAGCAAUUCCCAAGAAUCUAUGGGUCCACACCAGCAAAGGCACACGAGCAGAGCCUCGCGACUGGGCUACUCACCGAAUCCUUGUGCCCAUGAGAAGGCUUGCUGUCGCGACGCCUAGAUAUCCUGCUUUAGCUGUAACGGCGUUGAGGCAAGCCAUCCAUGAGCGAACCAGGAGAGUUCCGCAUAGUCCGCCUAGGAUUUACGGGGAAAGUGAUCUCGAUAGGGCAUUCGAGAUCGCUGAGGCCAGGCCAGUGUCGCCUAGCCAGACACUGGGAAGGUCUCAGGCUGCCGAGGUCGUAGAACAAGAAACACUCUCCGAUGUCCUGCGGAGAACAGUCGAGCCGCGACGAAGCAGCAUCUAUCAGGCGACGCCGGAGCCUGCGGUGAAUGAAGCGCCUCGAAACAGCGUCUUGCAAUCAUCGCCAGAGCCGCCAGAAGACUCGGACGGAUCCGUCACCAUUGCCAAGGUCGACAGUCCUCCAGUCUCUCCAACCCUAUCCCACGUACCCAUAAAAAUCGAGUCCAGUCCUCCGGUCACCGCUCCAGCCAAUCGUCUGCUCCAAGAACCGAGAUCCAGGUACGAGGUGAUGCAGAUGGCUCCUCGUGACCUCUGGGACUUCCUCCGCGAGGCUGAGAAACGCCUGAAAGCUGCAGAUGAUGAGAUGCUCAGAAGGAUAGAGCCAACCAGCGCUAGGCCGGGUGAGCUGUCGGCGCUGAAACGUGAUCAGUUGAAGAAGUAUCGCAGCAUUGCGAAGGCUGACGCCGAGCUUGCGGAGCAGGUGUGGGAUAGGCUGGCGGAGAAGCAGAGUCAGGAGAAUGCAAUUGUCAUCGAUUGA